CGGAGCGGAGGAUGCUGCGGGCGGGGGCCGCCGCCGCCAGCCCCGGUCCCGGGCGGGAGGGCGUCCCGCCGCAUCCCGCCCGCUGAGCUCCGGCCCGGCCAUGGGGGCUCUGACCAGCCGGCAGAACGCAGGGGUGGAGGAGGUGGAUGUCCCCGCCAAUUCCGUCUACAGAUACCCCCCGAAAUCCGGGAGCUACUUUGCCAACCACUUCAUCAUGGGUGGGGAGAAGUUCGACUCCACACACCCUGAGGGUUACCUCUUCGGCGAGAACAGCGACCUCAACUUCCUGGGGAACCGGCCCGUGGUGUUCCCUUACGCUGCUCCACCUCCUCAGGAACCCGUCAAGACCCUCAGGAGCUUAAUCAACAUCCGGAAGGACACGCUGCGCCUCGUCAAGUGCUCGGAGGAGGUGAAGACCCCGGGGGAAGAAGUCAGCAAAGCCAAAGUGCACUACAACGUGGAGUUCACCUUCGACACGGACACACGCGUGGCCAUCACCAUCUACUACCAGGCGAGCGAGGAGUUCCACAACGGGGUGGCGAGUUACAUCCCCAGGGACAACAGCCUGCAGUCCGAGACCGUGCACUACAAGCGGGGGGUGUGCCAGCAGUUCUGUGUGCCCUCCCACACCGUUGACCCCUCGGAGUGGAGUGAGGAGGAGCUGGGCUUCGACCUGGACCGGGAGGUGUAUCCCAUGGUGGUGCAUGCGGUGGUGGAUGAAGGAGAGGAGCACAAUGGACACUGCCAUGUGCUGCUGGCCACCUUUGAGAAGCAUAGUGAUGGCACAUUCUGUGUGAAGCCCCUCAAGCAGAAGCAGGUGGUGGAUGGUGUGAGCUACCUUCUGCAGGAGAUCUAUGGCAUCGAGAACAAGUACAACACGCAGGACUCCAAGGUGGCCGAGGACGAGGUGAGCGAUAACAGCGCCGAGUGUGUCGUCUGCCUGUCGGACGUCCGCGACACCCUCAUCCUGCCCUGCCGCCACCUCUGCCUGUGCAACACCUGCGCCGACACCCUGCGCUACCAGGCCAACAACUGCCCCAUCUGCAGGCUGCCUUUCCGAGCCUUGCUUCAGAUCCGAGCCAUGAGGAAGAAGCUGGGUCCUCUCUCACCCACCAGCUUCAACCCCAUCAUUGCCUCGCAGACCUCUGACUCCGAGGAGCACUCGUCCUCAGAGAACAUCCCCCCAGGCUACGAGGUGGUGUCGCUGCUGGAGGCCCUGAACGGGCCGCUGAUGCCGUCGCCGGCGCUGCCAGCGCUGCGGGCACUGCGGGAGCCCCCGGGCACCGGCUCUCUGCCCUCCUACGGCACCGACGGGCCCCUGCCCCCGCUGCGGGCCAUGGAGCCCCUCGAGCGGCUCCACGACUGCGGCCCCCCGGGGCUCAAGAUGAAGAAGAGCCUCUCCAAGUCCAUCUCCCAGAACUCCUCCAUCCUGCCCGAAGAGGAGGAUGAGAAGUCGUGCACCGAGUCAGAGCUGAGGAUCCCCAGGAGAUCCCCUGCCCGGCAUGAGGAGGAAUGUGGUGCAACGCCAGAGAGUGAAAACCUCACCAUGUCAUCGUCAGGAGCCAUCGACCCAUCCUCGUGCACUGGGACUCCCCUCUCCUCCACCAUCUCAUCCCCAGAAGAGCCCGUCAGCAGCAGCCUGGCUCAGUCCGUCAUGUCCAUGGCCUCCUCCCAGAGCCAACACUCCCAGCUCAGCACUGACACCAUGUCCUCCAUGUCUGGCUCCUACAUUGCUCCUGGCACAGAGGAGGAGGAGGAGGAAGGAGACAUGCUCCCCUCACCCGCAGCUGCCAGUGCCACAGCCUCUGAUGGAGAGUCAACGCCUGUGGAGUCCCCGGAUCUGCACUUUGUCAGCAUCUCAGCUGAGGAGUGUGAUGCUGAGGGCAAUGACGUGCUGGAGGAUGAGGACGCCUCUCCCACGCAGGAAGACGGCCUGAGGACAGGCGCUUUCCUCGGUCUGACGUGUGACAAUAACAAUGACUUGGGCAUCGCGCACGUGAAAGCGCUGGACAAUAAACUGUGCUCUGAGGCCUGCUUACCUGGCCCAGAGGCAGCCAACAACUACGUCCAGCUGCAUCAGGCACCCUGGUCCCACGGGUCCCCCGGCACCCAAGACCUGGAGCGGGCAGCGGUCACUCUCCCUGUGUGAGGGGUCAGCCUCGGUGAGGGGAUGCACUCCCCCUGCCCACCCAGAGGGACCCUGGUGUCUGGGCACUGUGGGCUUUGCCACCUCCACUCCUUGGCUGCAGCUUUUCGAAAGGAAAGAUGAUAACCUCGACUUUUCCUCCCCAUCCUCCCUGUGCUGAGGGGGGCCGAGAGCCACAUCACUUCUGAGCCCCCCACCAGCACCUUCCCUUCCUCCAGCCCCCGUGGGGAUGGGCUGGGGUCCCCUCCUGCUCCAGCCACCCCACACCUCAGGCUCCUGUCCUCCAGCGUGUGCAGCAGAUGGAGGGUGCUGGGAGGCGGCUGGGGGGUGAUGAUGGAAAGUGCCCAGGGGUGCAGGUUAAGGAGUGUCAUCAUGGGCAGCCUCAGUGCGUGAGCCAGUGCCCUUCCUGGGGGGCUGGCCUCCCUCAGGCUUGCUGGACUGUGCCCCUGCCAUGCUGUGGGAUGUCCCCGUGCCAUGGGAUGUCCCCCUUACUGCACUGGCAGUGAUGAUGCCCUCCUGCCUCCCCCUCCCUCCCCUCUCCUCCCGGGCUCUUGGGCAGGGCCUUUGAGGUUGCUUGUCCCCAGGGGAUGGAGCAGGGUGGCAGGGGUGGGGACGGGUCCUGCUAUCUGACCCCACUCAGUCACCAGCCCCCUGGGACAUGGCUGGCUGAUCCUCACUGUCUUCCUCCCUGCCGUGAGCCAGGGGCUGUGCCCUCUCUCUGGAACAAGUGCCAAAAGUGUCUCCCCAUCUCGCCCAUCCUGCCCCUCCAUCGCACUUCGUAGCAGGGGGUGGCUGAGGGUGCAGGAGCUGCCCUCACCCCUCCACUCCCACCUCUCCAUCCCCAUCCCUCUGGCCAGCACUGGGCUGACAGCAGAUGCAGGUUUUGCUCCAGGGGACAGGCAGAGGGGGACACCAAUGGGGUAAAUGUCACAGACAUCGUGGUCUUGGUGAGGUAGUUGGCAGAGGCCAGGCUCCAACACAGAGAAUGUCAGGGACCGGCAGAAGCCACUUUUAGGAGUAUCAGACCCAGCAUCUCAGAUAGGGGGGAGAGGCUGAGCCCCUCUUUUUCCCCUACUUGAUUUUCUCAGCAGCAUGAUCCAGGGGAGAGUCCCCCCUCCCUGAGGCCAGGGCAACAGCAAAGGCCACCUCCCCCUGGCAAGAGAGAAAGAGGUUUCCAAGCUGUGUGAGGACAGAGCUGUUCAUGCAGUGGCAGCAACAUCCUGCAGCAGGUGUGGGCUGUGUACGGGGAGCAAGUUCCCACUGCCCGUCCCCGUGGGGCAGCGCUGGCUGUGCUGCUGGCUGGGGCUCCUGAAGGGGGUAAAGCCCUUUUUGGAGUUGGGGGAGGCUGUUUGCCUGGCUCACAGUUUGGGCUGUGGUCUCUGCUCACUCUGUGGCCUCAGUGUGAGCUCUGUCUGAGUGAGGGGGGAGUGUCAUCCACCCUGCUGCUCCCUCCUCCGAACUUCCAUCACCCCACCGUGUCUCCUGGCAGCUCCAUAGCUCCCAAGUGUCUCGCUGGGAAGCUGAGGCUGGGUGCUUGAUGGGGGGUGACAUCUCCACACUGACAUCCUGGGGCAUGGGAGCUGCUCAGAGCACAGAGGGAUGGAGUGGUGGGGGAGAAGCCUUGUGCCUGUGUGUGGGGGACAGCUCUGGGUGUCCGGCUCUGAGGACCCAUCAGUGCUGCACCGGGCACGGGGAGAGCUUUGGGGGUUCACUGUGCUGCUGAGCUGAGAAAGCCAGGGAGGCUGCAGGAUGCCACCCUCUGACCUGGCCACGAGAGAGGAAAUUGAGCUGAUGCUCCAAAGGUGGUACCAAAGGCCAACCUUGCUUGUGGUUUCAAAGGGGAGGAUGAGGGCUCUCCAGGCCUGGCCUGGCACCGGGACACAGGCCUGUGGUGGUGCUGGUGGCUGUGGGCAGGGCAGGGCAGGCAGGUCCUUGCUCAGGAAGGUCCCAGGAAGUGACUGGGAGUGUUUUCUGGCUGUUCCUCAAGGCUGCAGGAGAAGCCAAGGCAGGUGCUGGGGCAGCUGUGGGUGGGCACCAUUGCUCACUGCGAGGGGCCGUGGCUGCUGGCGAGUGCAUGGCUGUGGGGAGGAGCUGGGGGGACGCUGCAGCCCAGCACCACGCUGCUGCCUGGAUGGGACCAACCCCAUGAGCAUCCUCUUCUGUGCCCAGCAGAGAGGGGCUGUGAGGGUGGGUGACACCGGUGCUGUCCUCAGCCACCCAGAAGGGAUAAGGGGAGGGUGGGAGCCUCCAGUGCAGCAGUGUGGGGUGAAAGGCCCUUUGUCCCUCGGGGCAGCCUCUUGUUGCAGUGGUCCACCUGUCAGGGAUGAAGGAAGGAAACCAGAUUGCUGCUUCUGACUCUGCUUUGAGCAUGUUUUGGGUUUUCAGAGUAUGUUUAAUAAAGGGUAUCUUAUGUCAACAAAA